UAUAUAUAUAUAUAACUAUGUGUUAUGUUUAAGUGGUUUGCCCACCAAAUCAACCAAACAUUACAAUUUAACAUGAUUUAUUAUUAGCUUUGCUUAGGUGACCAAAUAAGAGUCAGAAUCCCCAAAUGAAAGGCAGGCACGCCAGAAUCUUCAUUGCUUUCCUCACCCCUUUUAGCCUUUCUCAUCUAUUUCAAUUUCACUUCCCCAAAUCAAUCUUCCACUCUUUAGUAAUUAAUAAUCAUUUUUUUAUUUUUUUUGAUUAUGUCAUACUAGUUUCCCUUUUUUGUUUAUAAAGAAGCAAAAAAAAAUAAUUUCAAAAAAUCAAAUCCUCCAACAUAUGUAGUUUGAAUGUUUCCCUUUCCUGCCCAUAUGCCCAAAUACAAUAUUUAUAUUCAAAGAAUUUUGCAACUGCCAAAACACAACAAAACAAAUUCAAAGCUAUGAUUCCCUUUUUUUUCAGUUAUAAUUAUAACCGCCAUGUCUUGACGCUAUUCUUAUUCCUCCUCGUCCUGGCUCCUCCUCCAUCUUCUCCCGCCAGAACUCUACCGGACCAUGUAACGGUAAUAACCGCCGACACACUCAACGCCACGUGGCAUGAUUUCUCCAGGUUCCUCGACGCCCAAAAGGGCAGCCACGUCAGCGGCAUGUCCGACCUCAAAAAGUACUUGCAGCGUUUCGGUUACCUGACCGCCGCCCACAACUGCAGCGACGACACCUUCGAUCCCCAGCUACAAUCCGCCAUAAUCCUCUACCAGAAAAACCUGGGUUUGCCGGUCACCGGUAACCUCGACUCCGACACCAUCCACACCAUCAUGUCCCCCAGGUGCGGCGUCGCCGACGACACCAACCCCAGCGCCGCCGUCUCCCUACACCAGACCCGCCACUUCGCUUACUUCUACGGCAAGCCGAGAUGGCAGAGGACGUCUCCGGUGACGCUCUCCUACGGCUUCUCCCCAAACGCCAUGCUCAAAUCCCUGAGCUCCACCGAAGUCCGCACCGUCUUCAGACGAGCUUUCAGCCGGUGGUCGGCGGUGAUUCCGGUGAACUUCACGGAAAUCGAGGAUUACUACUCGGCCGAUAUAAAGAUAGGGUUUUACAGAGGCGAUCACGGGGACGGAGAGCCGUUCGAUGGGGUGUUGGGAGUGUUGGCCCACGCUUUCUCACCGGAGAACGGGAGGUUCCACCUGGACGCGGCGGAGUCGUGGAGCGUUGAUUUUCAGAGGGAAAAGUCAAAGUCAGCGAUCGAUUUGGAGUCAGUGGCGACUCAUGAGAUUGGGCACUUGUUAGGGUUAGGGCAUUCGAAGGUGAAAGAGGCUGUUAUGUAUCCGAGCUUGAGUCCUCGGAGUAAGAAGAUUGAUCUGAAAAUGGAUGAUGUUGAGGGAGUUCAGGCCUUGUAUGGCUCCAAUCCAAAUUUCAAGCUCAGCUCUUUUUUACAGUCUGAUGACAAUAACUCUUAUAAUCAGUCUUUUUCAUCCAAAAUCACUCUCUCUAAGCUCUCUUUAUUAUUUUUACUCUCUUUUUCUUACUUACAACAAUACUUAUUUUUCUUUUCAUCUUUUUCACAUUGAUGAUUAUAUACUCAAAAUUAUUCAUAUUUACAGUCAAAGAAAGUAAAGGAAAUUCUUUUAUGUAUUUUUGGCAGUAUAAGUAUAUGUUUAGGCCUUUUGUAUUGAAAAAAUUUGACAUAAGAAAUAGUGAAACGUAUUAGCCACUUUCAAAGACCAAAA